CACAUAGAUCUAGGCACGAAGCUGCUCGAGACUCAGACGAGGUUCCGCGCAGCCUGUAUAGCUGGUUCUGACUCGACCCAAAUUACAGACUCAUAGAAGCACAUACAAGCAAAGCAUCAAGUCCUUCGGCGGCGUGCGCUGUCGCUUGCGCACGCCGUAAGCGGCAUUCGCGAGAAUGCAAGGGAACGUCGCCAGGAUGAACGCUUCUACCUCGCUUCAAUCAUCUACAGGGCCAUGCGCCUGCGGAUUUUCGGGCCGCAUGACGCCCCCUCAGCUCUUGCCGAGCAUUCGGCGUCGCAGCGUUGUCGCAGGCUCUACGCAGACGCGCAACUUCAACAUGCAGUUUGACCCUAGCAAGUCAAAUAUCCCUCUGGAGUACAACUUCUCACAGCCACUUGAAGUUAGCCCGGCCCCCGCCAACUGGCCAGAGGGCGCACCCGACGGGGUCAUGGACGCGGGCCCCUACGUGGAGUUCGACCCCGCCGGCCCCCACCCAGCCGACACCUAUUGGAAGGGCCCCGCGCCCGAGGGCAGCUUCACGCUCCCCAACGCUGUCGCGCAGCGCACGCGCCUCACGCCGCUGCGCGUUCCAGAGGCGGGCGCGGGCGGCGGCGCCGCCGCCGGCAACAACAACCCGUUGGCGCGGCUGCUGGCGCCUUUCCCCCGGGAAGAGUACUACGCGGUGGAGAUGGACCUGCACUACGGGCGGGAGCUGCCGCGCUGGGUGUGGCAGGACGGCACGCUGGUGUUCCGGCCUGGCUUCCUGACAGCCCCCAUCGACCCCGACGUGCCCCCCUACUGGCUGCACCGCGGCAUUGCGCGCUUCACGCUAGGCCGUACCGACAUGGCCGUGCAGAAGCGCUGGGGGCACUGGGGAGGGGGGUUGCAAGGAUGUUUGGAAAGCGGUACAGGAUGCACUGAAGACAUCGUGGCUGGGGGGUUGGGUCGUACCGACAUGGCCGUGCAGGCGGUGGUGGGUGCCGCCUACCUGGCCUUCCUGGCCGCCGUGUCCGCAGCGCUGUACGCCGUGCAGCCGCAGCUGCUGGCGGCGGUGGCUGUGAGCUGGGCGCGCAACACCCUCAGCCUGGCCAAGUGGGGUGCGCUGCUGGCGCUGGCGGCGGCGGACCGGGUCUACCUGUACUGGGUGUUCCUGGCGGGCAAAACCGUGGACCAGCUGCUGGCCAAGCACGCCCCGCCUGUGCGCACCUUCAUGUGGGCCAACGCCGCGCUGUGGGCCGUCUACCUGGCCGUCAGCCCCAGCGGCGCCAGCCUACUGCCGGGAGUGCUGGCGUGAGGAGCACACGGAGGCGGACUGAGGAGUAUUGAGGGCUGGGUUGGUGGGGGUGAGAUUGGGAGCAUGGUAGGGUGAUGAGGAUGUUGAGGUUUGUGGGGAAAGGUGGAUGGUGGGGGUUAUGGGGUGGUGAGGAGUGUUUGGGCAUCGUGUGCGUGUGGGCGUGCUGACUGCUGGGAGGUGAGGCGGGAUUGGCGCGUGCUGCUGGCUGCUGACGUGCGCACAGCGGCGCAUGGGCGGGUGCUCGGAGGUGGCUCGGAGUGACGGCUGGCGGUGGCGGGCGGAGCAGGAGCUGUAGUGGAGUGGGGCUGUACACGUGGCGCCGAGUAAUGUGGGCUAGAAGCGUGGAGUCGGAGGGGGACAGGACCCCUGCGCCCUGGGCCCUGGCUUGACGUACACUGCGCGUGCGGCAGCGCCGUGCAACGGUGCACGGCGCUCCCCAAAGGUUGCCUGCCGCCCACCAUGUCCUUAGCUAAUCAUGAAUGUAACCCCCCACACAU